AAAGGGACCCCCCCGUCGCUGUCGCUGUCGCUGUCGCUGUCCCCUCCCUGCGGCCAUGGGGGCUCCGGCGCUGCCGCCCCCUCCUCAUCGCCCCCUCCUCUUCCUCCUCCUCGGAGUCCUGGUGCUGCUCGGGACCCCCGCCCGCGCACAGCUGGUGACCAUGGUGACCCCGGCCGUGCUGCGGCUGGAGACGGACGAGCAGGUGGUGCUGGAGGCCCCCGGGCUGAGCGCGGCCACCGAGGCCUCGCUGCUGGUCCAGGACUUCCCCCAGAAGCGCCAGGUCCUGUUCCAGAGCCGCGUGGCCCUGAGCCCGGCGCAGGGCAUGAUGGCCACGGCCACCAUCAAGGUGCCGGCCAAGGCGCUGCCGCAGGCGCAGGGGAAGCAGUUUGUGACGGUGACAGCGCGGGUGGCCGCGGUGACACUGGAGAAGGUGCUGCUGGUGUCCCUGCAGAGCGGCCACAUCUUCGUGCAGACCGACAAGCCCAUCUACACCCCCGGCAGCACCGUGCUCUGCCGCCUCUUCACCGUGGGCCACCUCAUGCAGCCGGUAGCCAAGACGGUCAUCGUGGAGGUCAAGACGCCCGACAACGUCAUCAUCAAACAAGUCCCGGUGUCGUCCCCGACCAAAAACGGGAUCCUGACCGUCAACCACAACCUGCCCGAGGUCGUCAGCCUGGGCACGUGGACGAUUUCGGCCAAAUUCGAGGAUUCCCCGGAUCAGGUUUUCAACUCCCAAUUCGAGGUCAAGGAAUACGUGCUGCCGAGCUUUGAGGUGUCUGUGGAUCCCGAGGAGAAGUUCCUGUACAUCGACCGCCAGGCGGAUUUCCGGGUGUCCAUCCUGGCCAGGUACCUGUACGGGAAGCGCGUGGAGGGCACGGCCUUUGUCCUCUUCGGGAUCAUGGUGGACGACGAGAAGAAGAGCAUCCCCCAGUCGCUGCAGCGCGUCCCGGUUCAGGACGGUGACGUCGAGGCCGUGCUGUCCCUGUGCUGUCCCCAAGCCUGUCCUAACCCUGUCCCCACCUAUGUCCCUAUGUCCCCAGGGAUAGGGACAGCGAGGGGACAAGGUGGGAUUCUCGUGUCCCCUCAGACGCCCGACAACGUCAUCAUCAAACAAGUCCCGGUGUCGUCCCCGACCAAAAACGGGAUCCUGACCGUCAACCACAACCUGCCCGAGGUCGUCAGCCUGGGCACGUGGACGAUUUCGGCCAAAUUCGAGGAUUCCCCGGAUCAGGUUUUCAACUCCCAAUUCGAGGUCAAGGAAUACGUGCUGCCGAGCUUUGAGGUGUCCGUGGAUCCCGAGGAGAAGUUCCUGUACAUCGACCGCCAGGCGGAUUUCCGGGUGUCCAUCCUGGCCAGGUACCUGUACGGGAAGCGCGUGGAGGGCACAGCCUUUGUCCUCUUCGGGAUCAUGGUGGACGACGAGAAGAAGAGCAUCCCCCAGUCGCUGCAGCGCGUCCCGGUGACACGGUCACCGCGUGUCCCCACAGGCAGUGACAUGGAGGGGGGCAGGGGGACAGUGAGAAUGAGGGGACACCAGGUGACACGGUCACCGCGUGUCCCCACAGGCAGUGACAUGGUGGAGGCCCAGCGUGGUGGCAUCCCAAUCGUGACGUCGCCCUACAGCAUCCACUUCACCCACACCCCCAAGUACUUCAAGCCGGGGAUGCCCUUUGACCUCACGGUCUAUGUCACCAACCCCGACCAGUCCCCGGCGCCGCGUGUCACCGUCCAGGCCGAUGGCUUCCAGGGCCAGGUGUCCACGCAGCGCGAUGGCACCGCCAGGCUGGUCCUCAACAUGCCGGCCAACAAGGACAGCGUCCCCAUCACCGUGCGGACGGCCCAGGCGGGGCUGCCACCAGAGCGCCAGGCCUCGCGGCAGAUGACGGCCCAGGCCUACCGCAGCCAGGCCGGCUCGGGCAACUUCCUGCACCUGGCGGUGGCCGCCACCGAGCUGCAGCCCGGGGACAACCUGGCCGUGAACUUCCACCUCAAGACCACCAACAACAACGUCCGCAACUCCGUCCCGUUCUUCACCUACCUGAUCAUGACCAAGGGACGCAUCCUCCGAGCCGGCCGGCAGCGGCACGAGGCCGGCCAGAGCCUGGUGACCAUGACCCUGCCGGUGACGCCAGAGCUCAUCCCGUCCUUCCGCAUCGUGGCCUACUACUACGUCCUGCCCGGCGAGAUCGUGGCCGACUCCGUCUGGGUGGACGUCAAGGACACCUGCAUGGGCACUCUGGUGGUGAAGGGGGCGACGGAAGGUGACAACCGUGUCCACGAGCCGGGGACGCCGAUGAGGCUGCGCAUCGAGGGCGACCACAAGGCCCACGUGGGGCUGGUGGCCGUGGACAAGGGCGUCUUCGUCCUCAGCAAGAAGAACAAGCUCACCCAGACCGGGGUUUGGGACACGGUGGAGAAAAGUGACAUCGGCUGCACGCCGGGCAGCGGCAGGGACAACGUCGGGGUCUUCGCGGACGCUGGCCUGAGCCUGACCACCAGCGUCAAGGUCACCACGCCCCAGCGGUCAGAGGUGCAGUGUCCCCAGCCUGCCAAACGCAAGCGCCGCUCGCUGGCACUCGCUGAGUACAAGGGCAGCAAGGCGGCCGAGUACACGGACAAGCUGGAGAGGAAGUGCUGCGAGGACGGGAUGAAGGACAACCCCAUGGGACACAGCUGCGAGCAGAGGACCGAGUACAUCCAGGAGGGCGAGUCCUGCGUCCGCGCCUUCCUCGACUGCUGCAGAUACAUCAAGGCCAAGCGGGACCAGCAGAACCGCUCACCCAGCACCGGGCUAGCCAGAAGGGUCUCAGCCCUGAGGCCACGUUCGAGAGGGCCGAUGCCACCAUCCCCAGGCCAUGAGGACGACGAUCCGUUCUUGGAGGACUCGGACAUCGUCUCGCGGAGCCUCUUCCCCGAGAGCUGGCUGUGGCAGGUGGAGCAGCUGACGGAGCCACCCAACGAGCUGGGGGUCUCGGCCAAGACGCUGCCCGUGUACCUGAAGGACUCCAUCACCACCUGGGAGGUGCUGGCCGUCAGCCUCUCCCCCUCCAAAGGGCUGUGCGUGGCCGACCCCUACGAGAUCACGGUGAUGAAGGAGUUCUUCAUCGACCUCCGCCUGCCCUACUCGGUGGUGAGGAACGAGCAGGUGGAGAUCCGCGCCAUCCUCUACAACUACUGGCUGCACGACAUCACGGUGCGCGUGGAGCUGGUCUACAACCCCGACCUGUGCAGCCCCUCCACGGCCAAGCGGCGCUUCCAGCAGGUGCUGAGGAUGAAGGCCGAGUCCUCGCGCACCGUGUCCUUCGUCAUCGUCCCCCUCAAGCUCGGCCUGCUGGACAUCGAGGUCAAGGCGGCCGUCCGCAACCAGUACGUGGGCGACGGGGUCAAGAAGAAGCUCCGAGUUGUGCCCGAGGGGAUGCGGCUGGAGAAGACGGUGAAGAUCGUCGAGCUGGACCCGCAGAACAAGGGAGUCAACGGGGUGCAGGAGGAGCGGGUGAAGGCCGCGGACCUCUCGGACAUCGUCCCCAACACCGAGUCGGAGACCAAAGUCAGCAUCCAGGGCAACCCCGUGUCCAUCAUCGUGGAGAAGGCCAUCGAUGGGGCCAAGCUGAAGCACCUGAUCGUGACGCCGUCGGGCUGUGGGGAGCAGAACAUGAUCGCCAUGACGCCCACGGUCAUCGCCGUCCACUACCUGGACAACACCGCGCAGUGGGAGAACUUCGGCAUCGACCGCCGGGCGGGGGCCAUCGAGCUGAUCAAGAAAGGUUACACCCAACAGUUGGCCUUCCGCAAGCCCGACAGCUCCUACGCCGCCUUCAUCAACCGCCCCUCCAGCACCUGGCUGACCGCCUACGUGGUCAAGGUGUUCGCCAUGGCCAGGAAGCUGACGGACAUCGAGCACGGCGAGAUCUGUGGGCCCCUCAAGUGGCUCAUCCUCAACAAGCAGAAGCCGGACGGGGUCUUCCAGGAGGACGCGCCCGUCAUCCAUAAGGAGAUGGUGGGAGGCUACCAAGGCGCCGAGCCCGAGGUGUCCCUCACCGCCUUCGUCCUCAUCGCCCUGGAGGAGGCACGGGACACCUGCAAGGACCACGUCAACAACUUGGACGAGAGCAUCAACAAAGCCGCCGGGUUCCUGGCCCGGCGCUACGAGCAGCUGGCCCGGCCCUACACGGUGGCCCUGGCGUCCUACGCGCUGGCCCUGGCCGGGAAGCUCAAGACUGAGAGGAUCCUCAUGAGGUUCUCCAAAGGUGGGGCCAGCUGGGAGGAGCGCAACGCCCGCACCUACAACAUCGAGGGCACGUCCUACGCGCUGCUGGCCCUGGUGCAGAUGAAGAAGUCCGAGCUGGCCGGGCCGGUGGUCCGGUGGCUCGCCCAGCAGAACUACUACGGAGGGGGCUACGGCUCCACCCAGGCCACCAUCAUGGUGUUCCAAGCGCUGGCCCAGUACCAGGUGGCCACGGAGUCCCAGCAGCAGCUGGAGCUGGACGUGUCGGUGCUGCUGCCGCGCCGCGCCAGCCCCAUCAAGUACCGCAUCGAGAACAGCAACGCGCUGGUGGCGCGCUCCACCGAGACCAAGCUGAACGAGGACUUCACGGUCAAGGCCGAGGGCGUGGGCAAGGGGACAAUGACAGUGGUGACCGUGUACCACGCCAAGGUCCCCGAGAAGGACGACAAGUGUGACAGCUUCGACCUGAGCGUGGGCGUAGAGGAGGUCAACACGGGCAAGGAGGAGGAGGAUGUCAUCAGGUCUGUGAAGAUCACCAUCUGCACCAGGCACCUGGACACCGUGGAUGCCACCAUGUCCAUCCUGGAUGUCACCAUGCUCACGGGCUUCUCGCCAGACGUGCAGGACCUGAGGAGGCUGUCCGAGGGCGUGGACCGGUACAUCUCCAAGUUCGAGCUGGACCAGGACAAAGAGCGCAGCAACGUCGUCAUUUACCUGGACAAGGUGUCCCACAAGGCCCAGGAGUGUUUCGCCUUCAAGGCCCACCAGAGGUUCCAGGUGGGGCUGAUCCAGCCCGCGGCCGUCAGCGUCUACAGCUACUACAGGAUCGACGAUCGCUGCACGCGGUUCUACCACCCGGACAAGGAGGGCGGGAAGCUGAACAAGAUCUGCCAGGGGGACGUGUGUCGCUGCGCCGAAGAGAGCUGCUUCAAGCGCCAGGAGGAGCCCGUGGCCAUCACCGUCAACCAACGCAUGGAGCGCGCCUGCGAGCCCGGGGUGGACUACGUGUACAAGGUGAGGGUGGUGGCCCGCGAGGACACGCCGUCCCACGACAACUACAUCAUGGAGGUGCUGACGGUCAUCAAGAUGGGCACGGACGAGGACCCGGCGGGCAGCAACAGGACCUUCGUGAGCCACCAGCAGUGCCGGGACGCGCUGCAGCUGCGCAGGGGACAGGACUACCUGGUCUGGGGACAGGCCAGCGACCUCUGGGUCACCGGCAGACACUUCUCGUACCUGAUCGGGAAGGACACGUGGCUGGAGGGGUGGCCCUCGGAGGCCGCGUGCCAGGACGCGGCGCUGCAGCAGCGCUGCCAGGACUUCGUCGAGUUCUCCGAGUCCAUGACGCUCUUCGGCUGUCCCAGCUGAGUCCCCAAGUGUCCCCACCCUGGGGUGGCACCCUGCCCUGGGUGUCACCGCUCUUCUCCGGGCGCUUUUCGUCCCCUCCCCGCCUUUUUUGUUUGGGUUUUUUUUUGGUUAAAAAAGUCAUUUCUGAGCA